CAAACGCACACACACACUUGGAGCGCACGCAGUGUAUUAAGGAGCCUCACAGAAGAAUCACUUGAUCCUGGACGUCUCUGCAGCAAAGAUACAAUUAAAGAACAAUGUCAGGACCGAGGCCGGUGGUGCUGAGCGGCCCCUCUGGAGCUGGGAAGAGCACGCUGCUCAAGAGGCUGAUGAAGGAUCACGAGGGAGUCUUUGGAUUCAGUGUGUCACACACAACGAGAAACCCUCGGCCAGGAGAGGAGGAUGGCAAAGGGCUGAACAAGCUCCCUAUGCUUCUGGGGGCUACUUUGCUACCCGUAGCAGACGUUCUUUCCUCUGAAGACUUAGAAAUGUCAACCCCAUUUUCGUGCCCAAAUGAAUCAGAAACCACAGAUAAAGACUACCACUUCACAACAAAAGAAAUCAUGCGGGAGGGCAUUGACAAAGGGGAGUUCAUUGAGAAUGCUGAGUUUUCUGGCAACAUGUAUGGGACAAGUAAGGCUGCUGUGGAAGACGUACGUGCCAAAAACUUGAUUUGCAUCCUUGAUGUGGACAUUCAGGGGGUGAGGCGAAUUAAGGAGACAGACCUGGACCCCAUAUACAUCUCCAUCCAACCUCCAUCCAUGGAGGUCCUGGAAAAACGACUGAGAGACAGGCAGACAGAAACAGAGGAGAGUUUACAGAAACGUCUGGAGGCUGCACGCAUUGAUAUGGAGCUCAGUAAAGAGCCUGGAGUGUUUGACGUUGUUAUCAUCAAUGAUGACUUAGAGAAAGCCUACGAGGAGCUGAAAGCAAUCCUCAAUGAAGAAAUCCAAAAGGUUCAGGAAGCCAAGUAA